CAUUGUAUCGAUAAAUUUGAUUCACACUAUACGGAUUCAUGUGGGGUUGGAGCAUGGGCAGAGAAGUGGUAUUUCGAUCAUCUGACUGGGUUAUGUCAUCCGUUCUGGUACGAUGGCUGCUUAUCGACAUCGCAGAAUAUUUUCAACGAUCGUGAAACGUGCCAAUGGCUCUGUGAAAUGCCUUCGCUACCGAGCAGUACGGAUGUCACUUCGAAAGAUGCCUACCGAUGUCUCGAGGAGAAAUCGCCUGGAAUGUGCAAAGAAAAGUAUCCAGCGUAUUUCUAUAACAAGGAAACGCGUCGUUGUGAGCCAUUUGCUUACAGCGGAUGUGCAGGCAACGGAAAUCGUUUUCUCACUUUACAACAAUGUGAGAGCAUAUGUAAUCAAUUCCGAAAGCUUUCAGUUACUUCACUAUUAGGUUUCACUGAUAAUGAAGAGAAGAGUGAAUUCAGUGUUGUUUUGAUGUAUCAGUGGACAAUGCAGCUGAGCACUCUUGCAAUAGAGAACGCACGAAGAGAAUGA